AUGUCUACAAUGGCUGCAGAAGUCGAAAGCUUAGAAAGUAUUUUAGAAGAAUUUAUACCCACUGAAAAACAGAAAUUUGUGAAGCAUCUACUGUAUGGACAGGAGCUAUCAAGCCUUGAUUUGCCAGAUGAGGCCAAAUCUCUUGCACAGAGGCAGAACUUUGAGUUAAAAGGUUAUCUGUUUCCUGCUGCUCCAGAAAGCACUCGGGCACCAAGAAUUGUGCGGAUUGCAGGUAUCCAGAAUAAGAUUGUUCUUCCAACGACAGAACCAGUUCUUGUGCAGAGAGAUGCAUUGUUUGCACGAAUCUCUGAAUUGAUCAAUUGUGCUGCUCUUUGUGGGGUCAAUGUGCUUUGUCUUCAAGAAGUGUGGACCAUGCCAUUUGCAUUCUGCACAAGAGAGAAGUUACCAUGGAGUGAGUUUGCUGAGUCGGCACUGCAUGGACCAACAACAAAACUUUUGCAAGAGCUUGCCAUCCGGCACAACAUGGUUAUCGUUUCUCCGAUUUUGGAGCGGGAUGAAGAGAGAGGCGAUGUCCUGGCAAACACUGCUGUGGUGAUCUCCAACACAGGACAGGUCCUAGGAAAGUCCAGGAAGAACCAUAUACCCAGAGUUGGAGAUUUUAAUGAGUCCACAUAUUACAUGGAAGGUGAUACAGGACAUAAAGUCUUUCAAACUCAGUUUGGAAAGAUCGCAGUCAACAUCUGUUAUGGCCGCCAUCAUCCUCAGAACUGGAUGCUGUAUGGAGUCAAUGGAGCAGAAAUUGUCUUCAACCCUUCAGCGACUGUUGGGGCACUGAGUGAACCUCUUUGGCCAAUAGAAGCUAGAAAUGCAGCAAUAGCAAACAGCUACUUUACUUGUGCAAUCAACAGGGUUGGAACUGAAGUCUUUGCAAGUGAAUUCACUUCAGGUGAUGGAAAACCAGCUCACAGAGAUCUAGGACAUUUCUAUGGUUCCAGUUAUGUCACAGCUCCAGAUGGAAGCAGGACUCCUGGACUUUCAAGAACUAAAGAUGGAAUAGUAAUUGCCGAGGUUGACCUAAAUCUUUGCAGACAAGUCAAGGACAAGUGGGGAUUUAGGAUGACCCAGAGACUGGAACUGUAUGCCAAAGAGUUAAAUGAAGUAUUAAAGCAAGAUUGGAAACCUGAUGUCAUCACAGAGUAA